UGUCAUGCGUUUGUACGGUAUUGUGUUGUGUUUUCUGUGUAAUAUGUAAGUGAUUUGAUGGUGGAGACAGGAAAUCACGGAAAGACACAUAUUGAGUGUGUGGCUUAGAAGGGCAAUCAUGGACUGCAAGGGAACUAGUUGGGUGAAAAAAGAGAAGAAUGAAAUAUAUGCUGAACCAGAAUCCUUGUUUCUUGAAGGUCCGCCAAAGAUUGUAAUGCCUAGUCUCCAUAUAAAGCAAGACCUAGAACUGAAACAGGAUGAUGGUAUUGAGCGUGAUUGUCUUGAAGAUAACUUGGGAAUCUCCCAUCCAAAUGAUUUUAUCAAGGAGGAUCCUGAACUAAAUUUGGAGGUGGCAGCCUCAAUAAGAGAAGCAUCUGAUAGUUUAAGGUACGUUUUUAUUAUUCACUGCAGAAUUUUUUGA